GUCGUGCGGACAUUCAUUAGAUACAAAGUCAGGUGUCGCAUUUAUCGAUUGAGAGGAAGGUAACACCGCGAAUGAGUACCUCUUUGGCGGCUCCUGUUUCUCCGGGGGAGAUAAAGCGUGCAGUCUUCCAGAUUGCAACUACCCAAGAGCCAGAAUCUGGUGGAUUUACUGGCGUUCUCUUUCGGUCUUAUUGGGACAUUGUGGGGGAAGACGUAGUGUUGGCAGUAAGCAGCUUUUUCGAAUCUGGAUCCUUGCUUAAGAACUUUAACCAUACCUGGUUGGUUUUAGCUCCCAAAGUGGAUGUUGUGGAGACAAUGAAGCAACUACGACCAAUCAGUCUGUAUCAGUUUGUUUAUAAGAUCAUUGCGAAGAUCUUAGUCGAGCGCCUAACGCAUUUUCUCCCAUCUAUUGUCUCCCCGGGAUAGAAUAGAUUUGUGAGAGGACGACAGAUCGUGGAUAAUGUGCUGAUUAGUCACGAGGUAAUGCAAUAUUUGAAGAAUAAGAGAACAGGAAAACAGGGGUUCAUGAUUCUAAAGGUUGAUAUGGAGAAGGCUUAUGAUAGGGUGGAAUGACCAUUUUUGUUUGCAUUGCUUGAGAAACUUGGGUUUUGUGCGUAAUGGAUUAAAUAUCUUCGGGCUUGUGUUACGUCAACAACCUUUUAUGUCAUGAUGAAUGGGAGACCAGCUGACUACUUUGUUGCUAGUCGUGGUCUCCGCCAUGGUGACCCUUUGUCCCCUCUUCACUUUACCAAUUGCUCAGAGGGCCUAGCGAUAUUAUUUAGACAAGGUCUGGUAGUGAAGUCUCUUACUGGGGUGAGGAUUAGCCCGCGAUGUCUGGUUAUAUCGCACUUGUUCUUUGCUGAUGACUCUUACCUGUUUCUCCGGGCCUCUGUCCAAGAAUGCGGUACUCUUGUGAGGUUAUUGGCUCGAUAUGAAUACUUGAGUAGGUAGAAAGUGAACUUGGACAAAUCUGUUGUCUGCUUUAGUAAGAAUAUUCUUGAGCCUAAAAGUUUAGUUUCGGGUGGUAUACUUGGCAUCGGGGCGGUUGGAGUGACUGAUAAGUACUUGGGGCUCCCUCUCUGAUUAGUCUAUCCAAGCUAGAUACUUUUCACUUCAUGGAGGAGAGGGUUAUCCAACGACUUCAGGGAUGGAAACAACACAUUCUUUCAUGGGCGGCGAAGGAAGUUCUGUUGAAGGCAGUGGUGAAUGCCCUUCCUAUACAUGGGAUGUCUUGCUUUUGGUUUCCUGUCACGUUGUGUAGGGAUUUGGAUAGGCACCUAGCUCGCUUUUGGUGGGGGGGCUAAGCAAGGGGAGCGACGAAUUCAUUGGGUGGCUUGGAAGGCACUGUGUCAUGUAAAUUGGAAGGUGGGUUAUGUUUCUGAUGAUUUGAGGAGUUUAAUCAGGCCCUUUUGGGCAAGUUGGCAUGGCGACUAUUGACGGAACCUAACUCUUUGCUGAGUGGAGUUUACAAAGGUAGGUACUAUCCCAAUUGCUCUUUCCUUGCGACGAGGACGGGUGCAUUGUCGUCCUGGGGGUAAUGUGGUAUUUUACAUGGCAUGGAAUUGCUCCAACAGGGGGUGCGAUGGCAGGUUGGUUCUGAGGUCUCGAUUUCUUUUUCGGAAGCGCAUUGGGUUCCUGCAUUGCACCCACAUUCGCCUGGUUUAAGACCGACAACCUUGGGUGCUCAAGGGACAGUGGUCGAUCUCAUUUCAGCGACGAUGCAUACUUGGGAUGUUGAUCAAUUACGCCAUCUCUUUGAGGAUGAAACUAUGUCUUUGAUUCGAGCUAUUCCUUUGCCUACUUUGACACUCCCUGAUAGAUUGAUAUGGCAUCAUGACCUAUUUGGGGUUUACACGGUUAAAUCGAUUUAUCACCUAACUGCUCAUCUGUGUUGGACUCGGGAAAGGGCCUCUAAGUAAGGGGCUAGUAUUUGGGAUAACAAACUUUGGACUAAGGU